AUGGCAGCUAAACCAGUUCACCCAACAGGCAAAAUCGAAUUAAAUGAAAAAUAUAUGAAUGCUCUCAAGAAAAGAUCACAUCUCAGCGAAGCAGAGAUUCGAGAAACAUUCGAAGACUUUCGUUCAAGGGCACCCAAGGGUCAACUCAACAAGGAAGAGUUCAUCAAACUAUGGAAUGAAACAGCACCUAAAACCGAUCAUGCUGAAAGUGUUGAUAUAGCCGAGCGAGUCUUCGCUUUUUGCGAUCGAGAUCAUUCUGGAAAAAUUGAUUUUAAUGAAUUUCUGAUGACUGCUGUUGUAAUGACACCUGGUACACCAUCGCAAAAGCUUGCAAUGCUGUUUAUUCUAUGUGACUUCAAUCAUGAUGGUUUUCUUCAACGAGCUGAAAUUGAAAAAAUUUUUGGUCUAUCCAAAGCAGCUAAUAAAUCAAUCGAUCAAAAGGAAUUUGAAGCAUUCAAAAAACACUUAGAUUUAGUCUUUGCACAAUAUGAUGUUAACAAAGAUGGAAAAAUUAGUCAAAAGGAAUUUCGCAAUCUUUGUGCUGAUGACGAAGUUUUCAAAAAACUGUUAGCCUAA